GAAAAACAUCUGUAUGUCUGUCUGUCUGUCUCGUGAAUGAAAAGCGGUUGUUCCGGAUCCAGUUGUCACCGCACUCCACUCCAGGUUUCCGCUCCGUCUUUCCUUAAAAGCAUUCGGAGUUUAAAGCUGAGAAAAGCACGCCAGUGAGUGGAAGCGGGAUCAGAGCGGCAGAGGCGGAUCUCAGUGCGGUUCAGCGGGUGUGUGAGUGUGUGUCCGGCCGAACGGAGGAUGGAGGACGAGCCGCGAGAGACCCUGGACUGACGGAGGAGGAGGAGGGGGUCUUGCUUUUUACAUGGAACCUGUUUGCGUUUUUCUCCAAAGGUGGAUAUUAUACCUAAACACUACAUGACAGAAUGCCAUUUGCCAAGCGGAUCGUGGAGCCCCAGUGGCUGUGCAGACGCACGGACGCGGAUGAUGAGGGUCUCCUGCUCCAGGACCUGUGCGCCUUCAGUAAUGUGGCUCUGUCCCGGACCCUGCGCCAGCUGUCGGAUCUGGCCAAACACGCCUGCUCGCUCUUCCAGGAGCUGGAGCACGAGCUGCUCGCCACGAACCGGCGCGUCUGUGCGCUCCGGGAGAAGAUGAGCAGGAUCCAGGAGAGCACCGGCGCGCUCGACCCCAAACAGGAGGCAGUGCCGUUAUCUAAUCUGGACAUUGAGAGCAAGCUGAGUGGACAUUAUCAGGCUCCAUGGCACCUGCAGAGGAAUGUGUUCCUGCCGUCCACUCGGCCCGCGUGCGUGGAAGAGCUGCAUCGAAACGCCAAACAGAGCCUGCGGGCGCUGUACAGAGACCAGCAGCAGAGGCAGGAGGUCAGCGAGAGAGAGCGCAGGGUGACCAUUUCCAUCUCCAUGGCUCCGCCCAUGCCCACCUACCCAUCGCCCAGCAUGCACUGCAGACGCCAGCAGAGAGAGAGACACCUCAGCACGGAAAGGACAGAGAGAGACAUAGAAACUCAGACAACACAAGCACAGUUCCAAAGCACCCGGUCCUCCUCCCCUACCGAGUGUUGUCAUUUUUCCCCGUGGAGCAGAAAGGUUGUUCCUCCAGUAGAUUCAGAUUCAGAGGUGGUGGCUCUGGGCCACUGGCCGAAGUGCCCAAUCCCAAACGUGCCCUCAACGCUGGACAAACAGACCAACUGGGCUGGAAUCUUACCACUGCCCACGCCAGAAGAGAAGAUGAAGACGGACUCUCAAGUCAUCACCUCAUGCAUCGUUCCCAUUAACGUAACAGGGGUUGGGUUCGACAGAGAGGCCAGUGUGCGCUGCUCAUUAGUCCAUUCGCAAUCAGUGCUACAACGGCGAAGGAAGCUAAGGAGACGGAAAACGAUCACUGGCAUUCCCAGACGAGUGCAGCAGGAUUUUGAUUCUGAUGAGUCUCCAGUGGCCAGAGAACGUACCUUGAUAGUCCACACCAGCCCUGAAAUUUUCCAAGAGGAUCUCACGCUUUCUCGACUCACCAAGGACUCUGGUUGCCAGACAGAAGAAUUCCUGACUGUUGGGGCUGCACCCUCAUGUAGACGGAUCAGAGCACAAAGGGGACAGGGCGUGACUGUGUCACUGUCCCAUUCCACGGGCAACAUAUCUUCUCUGCCUGACAACUCUGACACAAUGUUCACCGCUUCAGUAGGCUCCCGUCUGCGUUCCCGAAGUCUCCCGCGUGAGGGAGGGCGACUGUUGGAUGAAGGUCAUGAUCUCAGUGAUGAGGAUGAUGAGGAGGAGGACGAGGAAGAACUUUCCCCGUUUGAGUCAGAGGACUUCCUUCCAGUCCCAGGGGAACAUAUUCUAAAAGAUGAUGAAGAAAGCACUGAUGACCAGGCAAUCCCAGAGGGUCAGCAUAACAGUUUGAAAUUCAAGCAGCAUGCUAGAAAUACAGAGCAUGACUGGAUGGAGAGGGGUCAAUCCCAUCUGCCUCGGAAAGCUGACAUGGGUAGCUGUGAGAUUUCUUCCAGUUCUGAUACAUUCAGUAGCCCCAUUCACUCCGUUUCAAAUGCUGGCAUGCUGACUAGUCAGAUGGACCACAAAGAGGAUCACCAGUCGUCAAGUGGCAAUUGGAGUGGCAGUAGUUCUACAUGUCCCUCCCAGACAUCAGAGACCAUUCCACCUGCAGCCUCACCCCCCCUCACCGGAUCAUCCCACUGUGAUUCAGAACUAUCAUUGAAUGCAGCUACCAAUACUAAUGAUGAUUCUACAGGCUUCAUUAUUGAUCCAUAUCCUGGAGACCGAUCACAAGGCCUCCAUAGCCAUAGGACAGGUUCAUUCACUUCCACUGCUAGUGAGGGUGAGUGGAGCUAUCCACAAUACAGGCACAACAUGCCUUGCCGCCCUGACUUCAGUCCUGAGCACUCUAGGGCAGAUAAUAUCCUAGAAUGUCCCAGUUUUGCCAGCAUAGCCACUUUUGAAAGUUUAAUAGAUAGGCCACCUUCUGAAAAGGCUGACACCACCUCACACUUUUCUGUAGAUGCCGAGGGCUACUUUACCUCCAUGCACUUUGACUGUGGUCUUAAAGGUAGCAAAAGCUUCACAUAUAACUAUGCAUCUGUAGACCAGCAGCAGGCAGAAUAUGGAUAUCAAACAAACACACUUGGGAGACGCAGUCUCUCUCUAAGGAAACCAAAGGUGAAGCCAUUCCCACCAAAACGUAACUCAUCCUUGAAGAAAAUAAGCAGCCAUGUUGGACCUGCAUCUGACAAGAAUGAACCAAAGAUUACUGGUCGUCUGAACAAAUCUAUGUCUUCCGGUGAUAGAACGCAGCAUGUGGGGUUAGAUGGAGGCUCCUCGAGUCAGCUGGAGAGUGAGGAUCCACUGGGUGCUUGGGGUGUUAACAGUUCUACAAAGAUACCAGAAGUUGUUUUGUUUGGCUCCACAGAAACACAUUCCUUCAAGGAAGAGGGAGCUGUCCAGUCAGACUAUGCAGAUCUCUGGCUUCUUAAUGACUUGAAAUCCAAUGAUCCUUACAGAUCAUUGUCAAAUUCCAGCACAGCUACGGGUACCACUGUCAUCGAAUGCAUCAAGUCACAUGAGAGCUCUGAAUCCCAGACUUCCCAGUCAGGAUCUAGGGCCACCACUCCUUCACUACCAUCAAUGGAAAGUGAAUUUAGAUUGCCUUCACCAGAAAAGCUGGUAGGUCUAGCAUCACCUUCCAGUGGCUACUCAAGCCAGUCAGAGACACCAACAUCUUCUCUUCCACUGGCUUUCUUCCCAAACACUCACCCAAAGUCACCUAAUGUUGGGAAAAGGAAACCCAAAGUCCCAGAGAGGAAGUCCUCACUUGCUUCUUUACAGCAAAACUCAUCCAAAAGGGACUUGGAAUUACCUAUCACACCCCCCUCCCACCUUGACCUAAGUGCCCUUUCCAAUGUCAGCAAGCCUUCAAUUCACAAUAAACAUAUGCACAUCCUCCAGCAGAGCAAAAAAGCAGAAACCAAGAGUGAGAAUCUGGCAACUUCGGUUUCAAGUGAUGAGCUGGCAGUCACUGGUCCAUUGGCCAUCACUCCUACGGUGCUUCGUUCAGUUCAGCUACGUUCAGUUGUCAAAUCUGGAGAAGGGAGCCACGAUCAACCUAUAACUGAUAUUUCCACUAGACCUAAGUGUCCCACUGUGACUAUCAUUACCCCACCUACUCAGAAUAAACCCAAUGAAACUAGGAAGCCUCCACCCUAUAGACCCCUUCUCACAGAAACCUCCUCUCAGGAUGAUUGUGAAUCACUGUUUACCCCAGUAGAUGGACUAGCAAGCCAUUUUGGUGCAAGAAAUAGAUAUGACCGAUUAGCCCCAUCACCUCUUUGGAGCAUGACUGCUUUUAAGGCCCAAUCUGAGCAGUUGAAUAUGGAUGAAGGGACAUUUGAGAAUUGUCGAGAAGUUGAGGAAAAGGGGAGCACCUCAAAUAAUUUUUUUGCCCAGAGUGUUCUGGAAGUGGAGCAAAUUCGCCCAUUGAAAUCUCAGCCAAAUGAGGGAAGCCCUGGUCAAAAUGGUCUAGCAAAAAGGUCAGAGAGUCUUGACCAAGUGCCUGAUAUUGUCAAGCAAAGAUCAGAGACAUUGCAAGCUUAUCCAAUCAGUGGUGCUGGAGAAGAAUCUGUAACAUCAGAUGUUCCAACCAGAAGUGCCUCACAGGAAUAUGCAGAGGAAGGGUCAACACCAGACACGGAGGACUAUUUUAGCAGAGAGUCCACACCAAGCGAUCCGACUCUGUCCCCGCUAACAGAUGAAUCCAAAACCGAGGAUGAUAGCGUUUUUCUUUCACCAAGUAAAAGUCGCACAACAGAGGAUCUCUUUGCCAUGAUUCACAGGUCAAAACGAAAAAUGCUGGGCAGGAAAGAUUCUGGAGAAAUGUCAGUGCGGAACCGUUCAGCCAUUGUUUCUGGGAAUGGCUCUGCUACUAAUCCUGCAACCUCGCCAAGCACCCCAAACAUGCCUGUAAGUCCAUCUACUCAUACUGUGGCCCAGAGAACCCCAGGUCCAAUUUAUAGGAGUGCCAAAAAGUCCAGUACCUCGAAUGAAGAGUUCAAAUUGCUGCUGCUGAAAAAGGGAAGUCGCUCCGACUCCAGUUAUCGCAUGUCAGCUAUAGAGAUCUUAAAGAGUCCCAUUGCAACCAAAAGCCCCGGUGAGCUCCUGAUGGAGGGUUCUAGACCAUUUGAGGAGCCACUCUCUCCUUUACAACAGCAACUUCCAGAAGGAACUCCCGAGCAAAUUCCCAGCCCCUUUCCAAAAUCUUAUGCUGAGGGCUUUUCCACAAAAGCUUUUCCCACAUCUGCCUCAACUAGACAAGGCCGGUCAAGGAUGCCACCAGCUGCAAAUAGCAGCCGCUACAGUACACGCAGUCGGCUGUACAAUGCCCCCAUGCAGGCUAUAUCAGAAGGGGAAACAGAAAACUCUGAUGGAAGCCCACAUGAUGACCGUUCCUCCUGAAAAAUGAAUCUUUGACUUUUAGCAUCAGUCUAUACACAUUCUUGACAUUAAGUCAAUAAUUUUGGGCACUUGGCAUACUCAAUUCUGUUCUUAAGACUGUAAACAAACUACGUAGUGUCUCUACUCUUUUGUAUCAAGAAGAACAAAACAUUCUGAUAAUUUUCAGUAGUGGUGUUCCAAUAACGUCCAUGAGCAUAUUUAUUUUAUUUGAACACUUUGUGUAUCAUUUUCAUUUUAGAAUGAGAGUGGAGAAAACUACAUAAAAAAACCAUCACUUUGUAAUUAUUCACAGUGAAUCAAUUGCAGAUGUUGUUUGUCACACACAUUUAGCAUUGUCUAGAAAGAUAAAAACAGUACUGUACUACAGUAAAUGUGAAAAUGGGUCCAGAUGGUUUUAAAAGAAGGGAAAAUCUUUAUUGUACCUUAAACACAAACUUUUCAUGGCAGACAGCUUGGGACAAUCAAAGAGUGGCCUUUUGUAUAGUUAGCUGUAGCAUAAAUGGGCUAAGAACUUUUGAGUUAGCCUGUAACUGGAUCUUACUGGGCAAGAAAUGUAGCUUUGUUGGAAUAUUCUGAUGGCCAACCACUAUUUUGCACUCCUUUUGGUAAAAUGUCAGACAUUUUAAAGAAUUCGUACAUAAAUGCCACAAAAGAAAAAGUGACGUGAAAAAAAAUAUCUAUAUAUAGACUAUUAUUUAAAAAGAAAAUGUAUUUUUAAUGAGAAUAAAGUAAUAGACUCCGGCAAAUUGUGUCCUUCUUUGGAAUUUUUAAGAUAUUGAGCUUUUUAAUGCAACGUCUAAUAAUCGUAAAGCAAUGCUGCAAUUCAUCACAGCCCUUUCAUUCAAUAAUUAGCUUUUUUAAAUCACAUUUCUUAAAAAAAAAAAUCAACCCAUUGUUUCUAUAUCAAAAUAUUCAGAAAAACAACAACAGCUAUGACACGUGCACUAAAUGUAUUCUGUGAAUACUGUACCAGUAAUUUCUGAUAUAUUAAUGAUUCUGCUCAUUUGUGAAGUGAUUUUUUGUUAUUGAUCACUGACUCACACAGCAGGUUUAAUAACUUUGCAGCCAACUUGAAAUUAUCCUCUACCGCAGUAGUUGUAGCUUUUAUAUAAUUCACUGUAAUAGAUCAAAUGAACUGCAUGCAAUAAAAGUUUAGAGAGGAGCCAAUAUUGGUACACCAUUUUCAAAAUCUGAUUAAAACACUCUUGACAAACUUUUUCAAAACAUGUAUAUUUAGUAAACAGACUAUGGCAGAAUAAUAUUGUAGAAGGAUAAGUAGAAGUUUUUAGAAAGGUGUCGUGGAAGUGUUUUGGUCAGGAGGCUUUUGCAGUUUGUGUUGCUUUGGGUUUGAAUUUGUGAUGUUGAUAGGGCAAUGAGGAAAGUUUUGAGAAGGACUUAAAGUUGGGUAUAGUCCUUGAAACUUAUGGAGAACAUAUUUUUUUCUCAAUGCUGUUGCUGUUUGUUGCACAGACAGUACAAUAUCCAAAGAAAGACUACAGAGGUGUAGAGUCACGUCAGAUUGAGAGACAGAGCAAGUCUGAAGUAAGAGGGUUUACGUCAUGAUAGAUAUAUAAAGAUUUUCUUUUGCUGGAGUAACAAAUACAUCUGUGUGUGCGAGGAUGUGCUGAAACGGAUGCAAAUCAAAGAAAAGAGGUUGUAGAAAAGGUUGCAAAGGACAGAUGAAAAAACAAGGACUUGCACUACUCCUUUGGUUAUCGUUUUUCUCAGCUUCUUUUUUAAAAUGUGUUUCCAAGAGCCACCUCAUGUUUUUCAUUUUGGUACUAAAGCGAAAAUAAUUAUUAGUAUCUUGCUGGCUUUUAUGAAAUAUUGGGCUUUGAUAAAUUAAUGACUGCAGAUUUAUUUAUGGACUUAUGUUUUUUUCUUUUCAGAGGUAAAGCUUUAGCGGGAAAACACUGGUUUUAAAAGACAGAUGAAUUUAAUGCAGAAAAUAAAACCACUUAUAAAUAAUAUAACAUACAUUAAUUGCAUAAGCUACUCUGUUAACAAUCCCUUGAAACCUAAUGGUGUCCAGUGACGUAUUUGGCAUUUUUCUCCUUUUUUACCAUUGACCUUCUGGUGUAUUUGCAAUUUACCUUGCUUGGUGAGAUUUAGUCUUUGGAUUAUUUACUAGACCAGGUAUUUGAGCUGUCCUAACAACUAACUAGCUUUGUUCGACAAAGGGGAAAACACACAUUUACAAACCUGUGCGAUCUUAAUUUGUUGCGAAUCUAAAAGGAGGUGAAGACUUUCACUAUCCAUCUCCAAGACAGAGGUAAAUGAUUUUCUAAGCUACCAUUCUAACAUUGUAAAGUCUAACCUUAAAAGUUGCACUGAUGUUUAGUAUGUUGUGAAGGGUUUCACAUUGUCUUUCAAAGGAUUUCAGAGUUGGACAAACACUUGCUGUACUGAACACACACAGUUACGUGACGUCUCUUCUGGUACUAGACUGAAGACUUCAAGCAACUAAAAUGAUUUGAGUUUUUCAUUGUUUUUUUGUACAAAUGUGUAAAUAGAAUACCUUUUAAAAUCGUUUCCAGGGUGUUUCUUAUGUAAAAUGUUUUCAAAGUUUACAUUAAGCUUUUGUAUAUUUUUGAUCUGUUCAACACUUUGAGUCUUGUAUUUAUUUUUUAGUAAAUUUUGUGGAAAGUCCCAUUGUAAAAUGUCUCUGAAACCGUUUGCCAGUUUAGUAAAUGUGCAUAGAAGAGGCCAAUAAAUGUGACUGCUUUAAACACAUAAA